CAUUGUUUCGAAUGGAAAAACCUCACCUCUGACAUUGAGCGAGCCGACUAUUUCAAAUGUCAUGGUGUUCGCUGGACCGAAUUUGUGUGCUUAGACUACUUUGAUCUAGUAUGGGACACUGUUAUUGAUCCAAUGCAUGCUAUACUUCAAGGU